CGCUGUGGGCGCGGCCGAUCCGCGGGGCCCGAGGGUGAGGCCGCGCGGCGGGGCUGGGACUCGGUUACCACCUCCAGAUCGGGCCCGGGGCGGCAAGGGGGCCGCCGCGAUGCCAGGUGAAAAUAUCUUCCUGUUUGUGCCUAACCUCAUCGGUUAUGCCCGGAUUGUCUUCGCCAUCGUUUCUUUCUACUUCAUGCCCUGCUGCCCCCUCACGGCCUCCUCCUUCUACUUGCUCAGCGGACUUCUGGACGCUUUCGAUGGACACGCUGCUCGAGCCCUUAAUCAAGGGACCCGGUUUGGGGCCAUGCUGGACAUGCUGACGGACCGCUGCUCCACCAUGUGUCUGCUGGUCAACCUGGCCCUGCUGUACCCACGGGCCACCCUUCUCUUCCAGCUCAGCAUGAGCCUGGAUAUGGCCAGUCACUGGUUGCACCUCCACAGUUCUGUGGUCCGAGGCAGUGCAAGUCACAAGAUGAUUGACCUGUCUGGAAAUCCGGUGCUUCGCAUCUACUACACCUCCAGACCUGCCCUGUUUACCCUGUGUGCUGGAAAUGAGCUCUUCUACUGCCUUCUCUACCUGUUCCAUUUCUCCGAGGGACCUUUAGUUGGCUCUGUGGGUCUUUUCCGAGUGGGCCUCUGGAUCACCGCCCCUAUCGCGGUGCUCAAGUCUCUCAUCAGUGUCGUCCACCUGGUCACAGCCGCCCGCAACAUGGCUGCCCUGGAUGCGGCAGACCGAGCCAGGAAGAAGUGACCCCGGAGCCUCCAGCCCCUGGCUGCCCACCUGCCCUGGGGAGUCUCGCUGGGCCGUGCGGCUCCCCUCUCCCUCCUGCGAGGGCCCAGGCUCCCGUCUUCCUAAUGUGUUGUCUCGCCUGCUGGGAAGGGGGGGUCGCCUUCCUGGGUGAUGCCAUGUUCUCCGAAAUCCUGAGGACCAGUCCCACCCCUGGGAUUCCCAAGGACCUGGACUUCAAAUCAAGAAGGAUCCUCGGGACGCCCCGGCCAUAUGAGCAGUGCUCCUGGGACACCAAGAGGCCUGAGGACCCGGCAUUGUCGCACCUGCUGGCUCAGCCCAGGGAUCUGGCUUGGCCUGGGACUUUAGGGACACUUGAGUGAGGGAGAUGGGGUAGGGGCCAGGUUUCUCAAAAGGCGGGGAGUCAGAGCUGUGCCCCUGGCCCCAGGAAGCCUGGGGUACCCCGGCCAGGAGAGAAGGGGGCGUGUAGAUCCUUUCCCAUCCCAGUCUCCUGUGUCCAGUCCUGGCUCUGAAAGCCUCCAUAAUAGGGGGUGUGGUGAGGCGGGGAGAGGGCUUCACUCUCCAGGACUUGGUUUCCUUUGAGAUACUCUUGGACCAGGGCCUGGUUGAGGGGACCUGGGGGGAAAAGGAAGAUCAUCUGGAUGCUUUUCUCCUAGUUGUUUCCUGACCGGCUCUGCCCUGUCAUUCCACUGUGACCUCAGAGAGAGGGCCUCCCUGCCACCCAAGAUGCCCUGUCUUUGCCCACCUUCUUUACGACAUUGUCACUGGCUGUCUCCAUUUUUUUGUAUACCUCACAUUUUCUACCCUCACCAGAAUGUAAACUCCCUGAGGGCACAGACACUUCUUGUUCCUUCUGUAUCCCCACAAUGAAGAUGAACCUUAACCUGGCAUAUCAUAGCCGCUUAAUAAAAUUCACGAACAGAUCA